AUGGCGGAUUUUCUCGAGUCAGAGGCGGAGGAGAGCGGGUUGGACUCUGAGGAGGACGAGCAACCUUCGAAGCGUAAGAAGGUUAAGAGUAAGGUCGCCGUUCAAAGCGACGAUGAAGAUGAAGACGAUGAAGAUGACGAAGAGCGUCUCCGUGAGGAAUUAAAGGACCUGAUUGAUGAUGCACCUAUUGAAGAAUCAGGAAGUGAUGGAGAAGACUCUGAUGCUAGUGUAGGACCAAAGAAACGAAAAAAAAGUGAUGAUGAACUUGACGAUCGAUUGGAAGAAGAAGAUUAUGAUCUUAUUGAAGAGAAUUUGGGAGUUAAAGUUGCUAGGAAUAAAUUCAAGCGUCUGCGUCGACUGGAGGAUGAUGACAGUGAUAAUGAAGGUGCUGAUUCUCAGCUUGAGAGAGAAGUAAUUGCUGAGUCACUAUUUGUUGGAGGAUCCGAUGAACAGGAUGACGAAAACCAGUCAGAGUCGGCGGCACCUCGUGAAAUGGAAUACGACGACGAGAAUGAGGAAGAGUCCGAUGCCGAUGACUUUAUAGUUGACGACGACGGCAAGCCUAUCAAGAAGAAGGCACGGCGUAAACCUAUUUUUACUGACGCAUCUUUGCAAGAAGGUCAAGACAUUUUCGGAGUGGACUUCGACUACGACGAGUUCGAGAAAUAUGGCGAAGAAGAUUAUGAAGACGAAGAAGAUGACGAUGAAUAUCUUGAAUAUGAUGAAGAAGAAGAUGGUGAAAGAAGAAGACAGAAGAAGGGCAAAGCCAAACGACCGAGUAAGAAAUCUAUCUUUGAGAUUUAUGAACCCAGCGAAUUAAAGAGGAGCCACUUUACAGAUCUGGACAAUGAGAUUCGUAAAACAGAUGUGCCCGAGCGCAUGCAAAUUCGAGAAGUGCCGAUCACAGCCGUGGAGGAGGGUAGCACGGAAUUGGAGGACGAGGCCGAGUGGAUAUACAAACAGGCGUUCCUUAAACAGCCCGUUUCCAAAGCUGAUUCGCAAGAGGCCCGCGAGAGGUCUCGCAGAGGCUCAAGUACUGUAGUAAAAAUCCGGCAAGCUUUGGACUUCAUGCGGAAUCAAACAUUAGAAGUGCCGUUCAUAGCGUUCUAUCGCAAGGAAUAUGUGCAGCCUGAACUGAGUAUAAAUGAUUUAUGGAAAGUUUACAAGUACGACGCCAAGUGGUGCCAACUGAAACAGAGAAAGGAGAAUUUACUAAAACUUCUGGAAAAUAUGAGAGAGUUUCAGCUAGACAAGGUGAUGCAAAACCCUGAUGCUCCCAUUCCUGACAACAUGAGGCUUAUUAAGGAUGAGGAUAUUGAAAGGUUGAAGAAUGUUCAAACUCCCGAAGAACUCCGAGAUGUCCACACACACUUCUUACUUUACUACUCUAAUGAUCUGCCCGAGAUGCAAAAGUUGCAGCGAGCUAAGGAAAAGAAGAUCGAACUUGAAGAGAGAAAGAGGGCGGCUCGAGAAGAAGCGGAGAGAAACGGUGAGGACCCCGAAGAAGCGGCCGCGGCUGUAGAAGCAGCAGAACCUGAGGAAGAAGAGCAAUCUGAGGUGCGAUACGCCGUGCGCUCCGGACCAUAUGAGCUUUGCCGGAAGGCUGGCCUUGAACCCCUGGCGAAGCAGUUCGGACUGACACCUGAACAGUUUGCCGAGAACGUCCGCGAUAACUACCAGCGGCACGAAGUGGAACAGCCGCCUGUACCACCGUCAGAAGCAGCCGCUCCUUAUGUGGGUCAGAUAGGGUCUGCUGAAGAAAUACUCCGCCGCGCAGUGUAUAUGUGCGCAGUGCAACUGGCGCGCGAGCCUCUAUUGCGGGCGACGUUACGGGACGCGCUUCGGGAGAGAGCCACCAUUUCUGUUCGCCCUACGCCGAGGGGUAUGAAGGAAAUUGAUGAGAACCAUGCUUGUUAUAGCAUAAAAUACCUAAAGAAAAAACCUGUUCGGGACCUGACUGGUGACCAGUUCUUGAAGUUAACAAUGGCAGUUGAAGACAAGCUCCUUGAAAUGUCCAUCAGCGAGCAGAUCGAAGGAAACACUGGUCCCAGCUAUUUGGAAGAGCUUAAACAAUUGUAUCAAAAGGACGAGUUCGCGGCCACUGUACAAGCCUGGAACGAACUUCGUACAGAGGCUGUAACCAUUGCCCUAACCAAAAUCGUCAUGCCAGAGCUGCGACGGGAACUUAAUGCAGUUUUAUUGCAAGAAUCUAAAGAAUAUGUACUCAAGUGCUGUCGUCGGCGUCUAUAUGACUGGUUAAAAGUCGCUCCCUACGAGUCCAGAGUGUCGGAUGACGACGACGAAGAAUGGGAUGCCUCUAAUGGUCUCAGAGUGCUUUCAAUUGCUUACGUACCAGAUCGACAGCAUUCUGCUUUUGCCUGCCUCGUGGCAGCAGGCAGUGAAGUUGUCGAUCAUUUACGUUUGCCACAUUUGCUGUAUCGGCGUAAUUCUUAUGAUGCAUUGGAGAGAACUAAUAAAGAAGCUGACAUGACUGCGCUUCGAAGAUUUAUACUUCGCAAAAAGCCGCACGUAGUAGUAAUCGGUGGAGAGUCCCGCGAAGCGCUUUCCAUAAAAGAAGAUGUAUCCGGCUGCAUACAACAGCUUAUAGAAGAUGAACAGUUCCCGCGCAUUCCUAUUGAGAUAGCCGAUAACACUAUUAGCAAGAUUUACAGCAAUAGUAUUCGCGGAAGGAAUGACUUCCGAGAAUACCCAGACAUAUUACGCCAAGCAAUCUGCCAGGCACGUUUACUGCAAGAUCCUCUAAUGGAAAUAUCCCAACUUUGUGGUCCAGACGAAGAAAUACUUUGUUUAAGAUAUCACCCUUUACAAGACCAAAUAGCGAAAGAAGAUUUAAUGGAGGGGAUUGAGUUAGAAUUUGUGAAUAGAGUCAACGAAGUGGGAGUUGAUGUGAACGAAGCUAUAUUGACGGGACGAGGGACAGAACUUCUACAAUUUGUGUGUGGUCUUGGGCCAAGAAAGGCUCAAGCAUUGAUUAAGUUGUUCAAGCAAACAAACCAAAAGUUGGAGAACAGAACCCAGUUGGUCACAGUCUGUCACAUGGGGCCUAAAGUGUUCAUCAAUUGUUCAGGCUUCAUCAAAAUCGAUACAAGCAGUCUUGGAGAUAGUACAGAGGCAUACAUUGAAGUUCUAGAUGGCUCUAGAGUGCACCCAGAAACUUACGAAUGGGCUAGAAAAAUGGCUGUAGACGCUUUGGAAUACGAAGACGAAGACGCUAAUCCUGCAGGCGCUUUAGAAGAGAUCCUAGAAGCUCCGGAAAGAUUGAAAGAUCUAGACUUAGACGCAUUUGCGGAAGAGUUAGAAAGGCAAGGUUUCGGUAAUAAGAGUAUAACGCUUUAUGAUAUCAGAGCUGAAUUAAACUCCAGAUAUAAAGAUCUUAGAGUAUCGUAUCGAUCACCAACGCCUGAGGAGUUAUUCGAUAUGUUGACCAAAGAAUCGCCGGACUCCUUCUAUGUGGGAAAGAUGGUUCUUGCAACAGUUGUCGGUAUCACGCACAGGAAGCCCCAAAGAGAGAUGUUGGAUCAGGCCAACCCUGUAAGGAAUGACGAGACUGGAUUGUGGGAGUGCCCAUUUUGUCACAAAAAUGAUUUUCCAGAAUUGUCUGAGGUAUGGAAUCAUUUCGACGCUGGCGCAUGUCCGGGACAAGCGACAGGCGUCCGGAUACGGCUAGACAACGGUCUUUCCGGUUACAUUCACAUUAAAAACCUAUCGGAUAGACACGUCGCCGACCCUACAGAGCGCGUGCGCAUCGGCCAAACUGUACAUUGUAGAAUUUUGAAAAUAGAUGUUGAAAGGUUUUCCGUGGAUUGUUCAUCUAAGACUUCUGAUUUAUUGGAUAAAAAUAAUGAAUGGAGACCACCAAAAGACCCAUAUUAUGAUCAAGAGGCAGAAGAUAAAGACGUCCGCAAAGAUGCUGAAGCCAAACAAACUAAGGAACGAUUGCAAUACGUCAAACGUGUCAUAGUCCAUCCUGCAUUCCAUAAUAUUUCUUUUGCCGAAGCAGAAAAGUUAAUGGAAAAUAUGGCACAAGGUGAAGUUAUUGUACGGCCUAGUAGUAAGGGAUCCGACCACUUAACAGUGACGUGGAAGGUAGCUGAAGGUAUUUGCCAACAUAUUGAUGUACGAGAAGAAGGCAAAGAGAACGCUUUUUCUCUAGGUCGAAGUCUUUGGAUUCAAGGCUCAGAAUUUGAAGAUCUAGAUGAAAUCAUCGCUCGCCACGUGACCCCUAUGGCUGGCCACGCUCGAGAUCUUAUCGCCUACAAAUAUUACAAAUCGCUCGGCGGCAUGCGAGAUAAAGCUGAAGAGUUUCUAAAAGAAGAAAAGUCUAAAAAUCCCAACAAGAUUCACUACGUCAUUUCUGCGGCUAAGAAUCACCCUGGAAGGUUUUUAUUAUCGUACUUGCCCAGAUCGAGAUGUACUCACGAAUACGUAUCGGUGACACCGGACGGGUAUAAGUUUAGACAGAGAAUGUUUGAUUCGCUCGGAGGGUUGCUCAAGUGGUUUAAGGAGCACUUCAGAGAUCCGCCGCCUUCGGGCACCCCCGUACAACGUACUCCUGCGAUGCGUACUCCACACGGAAUGACGUCAUUAUACCAUACUCCUGCUGCUCACACGCCCGCGUUCCACACUCCCGCACACACGCCCGGGCCGGCGUACAUCAACACGCCAUACACGCCGUCGGCGCAGACGCCGUACAUGACGCCGUUCGCGACGACGCCGCGGCAACCCGACUUCCUGACACCAGCUGUGCCGCGACACAAGCCCGUGGCUAUGCCGGUGCAGAUUCCCGUGUACACCGAGCCCGCCGAUUGGCAGAAGGCGGCUGAAGACUGGGUGCGUCUAGGGGGGCACAGGUCUAUGCGCGACACGCCCGCUACGCCGCGAAGCAGCGAGGGUAGCAUGUCGACGCCGCGCCAGUCGAGCCGCACGCCACGCAUGGACUCACGGUCGACGCCGCGCCACGAGCUGUCUCGCACGCCCCGCCACGAGGGCCGCAGCACCCCGCACGGCCACUCUCAUUCGGGCCGUUCGUCGCGCGCCCAUUCGGUCCGCUCCACCCCCCACACCAACACCUCCCCGCGCUCAAUGUCCCUCGGCGACGCCACGCCUCUCUACGAUGAGAACUAGACUGAAUCAUAAUCGGAACUCGUGUUUUUAUUUUUCUACUACUUGGAUCGCGCGUCCGCGCUCUGUGGAUUAAGCUUCGUCUUCGAAUGGGUUAGGUGACAAGUUUUCAAGAUCGUGCUGUGCAGGUUUUCUCUCAAAUACCAUCGAAAACGAAGAGUAACAGACGGUUAUACUGACAAGAAAUUUAUAACGUUAAAUCUUUACAUUAUUUAUGGGUAAUAUAAGCGUACUGAGCGGUGGCAUUGCUUCGUAAAAGUGUCGUCUUAAAGUUUAUUCUGAAUGAAAGACUAUGAAGGUAAACAAUCGUGAUAAAUAAGGAUCACAUUUACGCUAUAAUAGUAGCAUAAAUAAAUGCGAGCUAAGCUUUUGCUUGUUGGAUAUAUUUAACAUUCGGAAAGGUGAAAUUAUAUUUUAUCACAUUUUGACACAGUAUACUUUCUUUAAAAAUUCUUGUAGAUAUCGAGUCUUGACGAAAUGUGUGUAAUAAUUUAAUUAUUUUAAUUGCUGAUACGGGAUUAGUUUCUAGUUCCAUGGGAAGUAACCGUGAAAUAUUGUAUUAAGUAGUUUAAAAUUAUGAAUUUGCAUUUUAUUAAAGUCGUAUAUUGUGUAUAUGUGCCGAAAAAAUUCAGUCAUCUUUGGGUCAAAACUUUGUACAGUAUUGUAAUAACGCUUUCACUAAGCACCGAUUUCCAGGAAGUAGGCCGUCGAACUGUAAGUUUUGACUAACUAGUCCCAAACACUUCAGAUAAAAAAAUAUGAUCUGCGUAUGUAGAACAAUACAUAGAAAGAAUUUAAACGAAAUCGUGAUCCACGUGUAUUAUAAUUACUUGUUAGUUUUUCUUUACAAUGCAAUGUAAAGGUAUUAACAUCUUUUAUAUGAUGUGUUUACAUGUUUAAUAACUCUUCACUUUUGUACUAGACAGAGUAUUAACCAAAACAUCUGUUAAUCGUUUUCUGCGCUAACACAAGCAAAUGUGUUACAUUUAAAAUGGGACAGAAUACAAAAUAUUCUCUACAUGGCAAAACAUGAAUUAAUCUUAUGAGUUGCGUCGUGCCUUCACAUUUUAUCUGCACACAACAUUGUAAUAAAACAUUGUAAUGCGAUUGGGGACGUAGACAAUUACGUAAGCUCCUAUUUCUACAUUCAUUUAAACGUGUCAGGAUUUAUAGACUACAAUUAACAAAUAAUUUAUUAGGUGGUAUUAGGAAGGCAAUGUUUUCCUCAUUUAGUUAAUCAUUUUCAUAAUCAUCUUUAGAACUCUGCUGGUCGUAACAUCAAUCAUAUUUCGUGCUCUUCAUGUUCAAUUUCUGUAAAUUCUACACAAAGUAGGUAAUUUAUUUUUUAAGUAGCCUAAUUCAUCUUUAGCCAUGUAGUGAUCUAGAGAACAAUGCCUUGGAUAUGGUUAGUGAAGUAAUGGUUUGCAAUGUAAAUAAGUUACUGCAGCCGCUGCCGUGACUUCCUGAUAGAACGGCUAGCCGUUCUGUCGAAAUGUAACGUAAAUAAAAU